AUGCUUCGUCGACGUAUCUGCACGGCUCUGGCCGUGCUGGCCACCACGGCCGCCCACGUCGCCGCACUCGGCCAGCAGCGCAUCAUCGCCUUCAACAACUCCGUCGCCGGCAGUCUGCAGCUGGCCGGUGGCGCCGCCGCGGCAUCGUCGCCCGGCCAGAUCCUGGUCUCGUCCAACGACUACUGGGGCGUCAUCCGCGCGGCCGGCGACCUGGCGGUCGACUUUGGCCGCGUCACCGGCACCAACCUGACGCUGUCCAACGGCGCGGCGGGCGCGGCGCCGGCGUCCUACACCUACCACCCCGUCAACAACAAGAACAACACGGUGUACAGCACGACGGGGACGGCCAGCUUCGCGGGCCCCGCGUACGCCGCGCCGGCCAAUGCCAGCACCGUGAUUGUGGCCGGCACGCUGGGCCACUCGGCCGUGGUGGACGCGCUGGCGGCGGCCGGCCUGCUGGGGGACCUGGCGCCGGUCGCCGGUCAGUGGGAGGCGUUUGUUAGCGUCGUGGCCAACGUGUCGUCGGUGGUGCCGGGGGCGGGCCGCGCGCUCGUGAUUGCCGGCAGCGACCCGCGCGGCACCAUCUACGGGCUGUACGACGUCAGCGAGCAGAUGGGCGUGUCGCCGUGGUACUUUUGGGCGGACGUGGCCGUGGCGCAGGCGCCGGCAGCCAACGGCACCAGGAACGGCACGGCCAGCGGCAUCUUUGCGCUGCCCACGCGCAAGGUCCAGGCGUCGCCGUCUGUGCGCUACCGCGGCCUGUUUCUCAACGACGAGCAGCCGGCGCUCACGGACUGGGUGGCCACGCGCUGGGCCGACACGGGCGUCGCUGCGGGCACGGCAGGCUUCGGCGCCGCGUUCUACGCGCUCGUCUUUGAGCUGCUGCUGCGCCUGCGCGCCAACUACCUGUGGCCAGCCGUCUGGGCGACCAUGUUCGAGGUCGACGACCCGGCGAACCAGCCGCUGGCCGACGCCUUUGAGAUUGUGCUGGGCAGCUCGCACACGGAGCCGAUGAUGCGCGCGCAGAACGAGUUUGGCGCCUUCUACACGGCGGCCGGCGCGGGGCCCUGGGCGUACAACCUCAACAACCAGACCAUCGACGCCUACUUCCGCUACGGCGUGCAGCGGGCCGCGCCGUACGCCCGCAACGCGCUGUGGACCCUGGGCAUGCGCGGCACGGGCGACACGGCCAUCGAGGGCCUGGGCACCGCCAGCAUCGUGGCCAUGCUCGAGACGCUGGUCGCCCACCAACGGCAGAUUCUCGCCGACGGCCUCGCCACCGACGGCCUUGCCGCCGACGUCCGCGACAUGCCGCAGAUGUGGUGCCUCUACAAGGAGGUGCAGUCGUACGUCUUUGCGGGCCUCGCCGUGCCCGACGACGUCACGCUGCUGUGGGCCGACGACAACUGGGGCAACGUGCGCCGGCUGCCGCGCGCGUCCGAGCAGCACCGCGCGGGCGGCGCCGGCGUCUACUACCAUUUCGACUACGUCGGCGACCCGCGCGACUACAAGUGGAUCAACACCGUGCAGCUGGCCAAGACGGCCGAGCAGCUCGGGCUGGCCUUUGCGCGCGGCGCCGACCGCAUCUGGGUCGCCAACGUCGGCGACCUCAAGGGCCUCGAGCUGCCCGUCAGCCACUUUUUCGACCUCGCGUACGACCAGCCGCGCUGGGGCUAUGGGGGCCGCGGGGGCGUUGCUGGAAAUAGAACCGUCGGCGAAUGGACCACGGCGUGGGCGCGGCGCGAGUUUGCGUCGGCCGACCCCGCAGCCGUCGCCAGCAUCGUCGCUCGCUACAGCAUGUACGCCAGCCGUCGCAAGUUUGAGCUCGUCGAGCCGCAGACGUACUCGGUGCUCCACUACGGCGAGGCCGACGCCGUGCUCGCGCAGUGGGCCGCCCUCGUGGACGACGCCCAGAAGGUGCACGACGGCCUCGCGGCCGCGGACCAGGCGGCCUUUUUCGAGAUGGUGCUGCACCCCGUGCUCGCCGGCGCCCUCGUGCACCGCAUCCACACGGCCGCCGCCACCAACGCCCUGUACGCCGGCCAGAAGCGCAACGCCGCCAACGCCGCCAUCCAGACGCUGCUCGACGCCUCCGCCGCCGACGCCAACCUGACGCGCCGCUGGAACGCGCUGCUGGGCGGCAAGUGGGCCCACAUGAUGGACCAGACGCACCUCGGCUACGACGGCUACUGGCAGCAGCCCAUGCGCAACACCCUGCCCGCCGUCACCUAUGUGCAGACCGCCUUUGCCUCCCUCGCCGGCACCCUCGGCGUCGGCGUCGAGGGCGCCAACGCCACCGUCCCCGGCGACGACAAGUUCCACGCCAACUCGGGCAACACCCUCACCACGCCGCCGCUCGACCCCUUUGGCCCGCCCCGCCGCUACUUUGACGUCUUUUCGCGCGGCGUCGAGGCCUGUGCGUGGACCGCCGCCGCCAGCGUGCCGUGGGUCUCGCUGUCGCUGGCCGCCGGCACCGUCGGGGCGAACGGCAGCGACACGCGCGUCCACGUCUCGGUCCACGACUGGUCGCAGGUCGCCGCCUCCACCACCGUCCGCAUCAACAUCACCAGCGCCUGCCGCGGCCUCGACCGCUACGGCUUUAAGCCGGCCGCCGUCCUCGUGCCCGUCGUCGUCCGCCGCGUGCCCGCCUCCUUUGCGCGCGGCUUUGUCGAGUCCGACGGCACCGUGGCCAUCGACGGCGCGCAUUACCAGCGCAUUGUGCCCGCGCCCGGCUCGCCCAACGUCACCUACCACACCUUCCGCGACUACGGCCGCACCAGUAGCGGCGUCGGCCUCUGGCCCCUGACCACCGAGAAGCUGACCGCCGCCACCGCCCCCGCCCUCGAGUACGCCCUGUACCUCUUUGCCAACACCACCGCCAACGUCACCGUCUACCUCUCGCCGUCGCAAAACUACCUCGGCGACGACACCCCCCUCGAGUACACCAUCGCCCUGUACCCGUCGUCGUCGUCAUCAUCAUCGUCGUCGUCGCCACCCCCAGCGCCCGUCCAUGUCCAGCCCGUCGGCCCCUCCAUCGGGGCCGACAUGCCCGCCGGCUGGGGCGCCGCCGCCGGCGACAGCAUCUGGGGCCUGACCGGCAACCACACCACCACCUCGUUUGCCCUCGCGUCCACGCCCCAGGCGUACACGCUCCGCAUCCAGGCCCUGCUGCCCAGCGUCGUCGUCCAGAAGAUUGUCGUCGACACCGGCGGCGUCCGGCCGUCCUACCUGGGCCCGCCUGAGAGUUUCUUCGUCGGCCGCGACCACACCGGCACCUACAACGCCACCACGUUUGCCGACACGCCGGGUACGCUGGGCGGCACGGCCACCAACAACAGUGAACAGGUGUAUAGGGCGUAG